GUGAUGCGGGACGUCGCCUCGGGCCUUGCUCGGGAGUCCACGGGCUUCCAGGCGGCCACGGACGACGAGGACAAGCUGGGGGUAGUGAUGCGCUUUUUACGGGCGGCCGAACAAAGAUGCCUCUCUGCCAUAUCUCGGUGCUUGAUUCGAUACCCUCGCAUCUCAGAGUUCGUGUGCAAUCCGUAUGACUUUGAUGCCAACCUCUCUUCCUCCCUGCUCCGACUUCGCGAUCACGCUGUGGAGCUCGCGCGGGACAUCGCGUUGACCAGAAUGCAGGCGUCCCGCGACGACGACGGCGACGACUGGAUGGGGAAGAACAGGAAGCGGAAGAAGGGCUCGCGGCUCCUUUUCCGGCUGAGUCCAGGCAGGGGCGGCGGCCUCGGCGCCAUCGUCGACAGGCACGGCCGGGUGGUCACCGACUCGCGCGGCAUGGCGAACAUAUUGCGGAGCCACUGGGCGGCGACAUUCGCAGCGACAGGCGUGGACGAGAACAAGCUCGGCGACUGGCUUGCGGACGACGCGGCGGCCAGAGCUGCAAGUGGCCCGCCUCGUCUUGAUUGGGGUGGCUUCCGGAUUCGCCGGAAGGAUAUUUCGGCGGCCAUCCGUCAGGCUAAAAAUUGCUCUCCGGGACCCGACGGGAUCCCCUACGGGGCCUGGCGUGCCCUGGGCAGCCUUGCCGUGGAUACCCUGCACAACGCAUUGCGUGAUCUGGCAUCACCGGAUGGGCAGCGCAUCCUGGAGCAGGAUUUCCCGGACUUCAACGAGAGCUUGCUGUUCUUCCUCCCCAAAUCCUCCAAUGCUGCCGCCCCGGAUGGCACCCCGGCGUACGAGGACUUGAAGGCGGUUCACUUUCCGGACCAGCUGGUGGACAUGUCUGCUGUGGCCGUGGCCGCCAAAGCCCGGGUCCAUCGAUUCGAGGCGGACUCCAUGGGAGGUCUGCAAGUGGAGGACCGCAUCCGUCGAUUGGAGGAACCACCACUGGCUCACUGCUCCCUGGCCCACAGCGCCUGGGUGUCGCAGUGGGUGCGCAACUCGUUUUUGCACAUCUUGUCCCGGGCGGCUGCUCACGCCAGCAUGCUGCUGCAGCGCGCCGCCGGCGUGCGCUCGUGGAUCAGCCUGCAGGCGGGAUGGCAGGGCCAGAUGACGAAAUUGCUGGCUGUCGGCUGCAGGGGCGAGGCCAUGCGGCACUUCCGCCGGAGGCUGGACAGGUGGCGGUUGGACGUCCUCCCCGGCCGACGAAUGGGCAGGGCGCUGAGGGUCUUGGACGUCCUUGCCCGCCGUUCCGUACCUCGGAUUCAGGCCGCGUUCAUCCGGACGGUGACCAAUGGUUGGUGCACCCGGCAUCGUUUUCAACAGCGAGGCCAUUGCCCCUUCCGCUGCGGGGCCGAGCGGGACUCCAUCGAGCACCUGGCGUGCUGCAGCGCGGUGCGCGCGCUCCUUUCCACCCACCUGCACGGCGGCAGCUCUCGGUCGCCGCAGACGCUCGACGAUUUUCUUUGCCUUUCUUUGCAUGCCUCCGAGGAGGAAGUUGUGUCGCGCGGAGUGGGGCUCUACGCCAUCUACCGCUUAUUUAAUGCCCUCAGAAACGGUGGCCUGGCCCACAAC